UUUCAACCAUUUUUAUCCCCACAAGCGAGCGAGAUGCCUCGGUUCUCGUGCAUAGUUAUCUCUCUCUCUCUCUAACCCACUGAUAUCUCUAUAUUAUAACCCACUGAUAUCUCUAUAUUAAUGUCUUACUCUUUCACAUUACAUUUAAGAGUCUAAUUUCUGCUCUACAAAACCUUUAGCAGGAAAUUAAAUUUUUGCGCUGUUUCCCAAAGAAAGAAAAAAAAAAGUGUUUCACGUUCACCGACGAUAAUGGAUAUGGAUUCUUCUUCUGAGAACUGGCUUGGCUUCUCACUUUCCAAUAUCAACAACAGCAGUAACAACUUGCCUUGUACUAAUUCUUCAGAACUUUGCCUCUUCCAAGCUUUCAGCUCCAACCCUAAUAGUGUGGUGGUGAGGCAAAAAGAAAAUGGUACUGAUGGUGCGCCAAAGCUUGGAGAUUUGUUGGGAUCCUCUUGUGGCAGUAAUAGGGAAGUGUGCUUAUUCACACCCCCAGCAACUACGACUUGCGAAUAUGGUUCAGAGCUGAAGAGGAUAGCAGCUACUUUUCUACAUACAAUUUCUGUUGAUCACAAAGAUGCAGCUCGCAAGCAGUUGGCUGUUGUCACUCCAGCUAAGAAGGCAGUCGAGACCUUUGGACAACGCACUUCUAUUUACAGAGGUGUUACUAGACAUAGAUGGACGGGAAGAUAUGAAGCUCAUUUGUGGGAUAAUAGUUGUAGAAGAGAAGGACAAAGUAGAAAAGGAAGGCAAGUUUACUUAGGUGGUUAUGAUAAAGAAGAGAAAGCAGCUAGAGCUUAUGAUCUUGCUGCCCUCAAGUAUUGGGGUCCGACCACCACCACUAACUUUCCGGUAUCCAACUAUGAGAGGGAACUUGAAGAAAUGAACAACAUGACAAGGCAGGAAUUUGUUGCUUCUCUUAGAAGGAAAAGUAGUGGAUUUUCAAGAGGAGCCUCCAUCUACAGAGGUGUCACAAGACACCACCAACAUGGUAGAUGGCAAGCAAGAAUCGGAAGAGUGGCUGGAAACAAAGAUCUUUAUCUUGGAACUUUUAGCACUCAAGAGGAAGCAGCAGAGGCAUAUGAUAUCGCUGCAAUCAAAUUCAGAGGACUAAAUGCAGUGACCAAUUUUGAUAUUAGUCGUUACGAUGUUAAAAGUAUUGCUAAUAGCAAUCUCCCCGUUGGAGGAAUGAGUAACAAAUGUAAAAGCUCAUCCGAAUCUGCAUCCGAAAGUAGUAAAAAUGUCGAAGCUGGAAAUCGACUUGACGAUAGAGAUCGAGAUAUUUCCUCUGCUCCUAAUUUCACUCCGACAAUGUUCAACUUAGGUUUUGGAUUGCCUAUUAAGCAAGAUGCCUCUGAUUUCUGGUCAAGCCUUGGAUACACUAAUGAUGAUCAAAACAACAAUUGCAAAAAUGCUACAUUAUUUCAAGGUACAACUAUGAAUGUGCAAGGUGCUACGUUCUUUAGCAUGGAACCCCCUACGUCUAACCCCUCUCUAAAUGAAGUCAACAAUAAUAAUGUCAUCUUCAAUAAACAAGGGUACUAUCAGGAGCAACAAAGUGGUUGUUCUAGCACAAUGACUUCGGUUCCUAUUAUGGCUCCAAAUAGUAAUACUAAUGCCACUACUAUUGAUGGCUCUAGUUUUGGUAAUUGGAUGCCACCUUCUCUUCAUUCCUUCCAGAGUAGUGCAAAGAAUAACCUAGCACCAUUUCAGACCCCAAUAUUUGGCAUGGAAUAAUGGUAAGUGUAGGGAAAUGAAGGGACAAGAAAAGAAAUGUAGUCGUGUUUUAUUUACUUUUGGUGUUUUGAAUGGGGUUUUGUCACCUACCAGAGAAGUGGGUUGGUCAAAAAGUGGCUAUGGUGAAAAUUGCUUUUUUGCAUGGGCAAGAAUGGGACGUACAAUCAUUUCACAGCAACUAAAGCACAGGUCAUGGCGGGGUACUAACUUGAAUCUUUUAAUUUUUAGUCGCUCUUGAUUAGUUCAUUACUUUAUUAUGCUUGUUGCUCUGUUUCACUGACAUGAUAUAUCUAGUUAUCUAUAACUAGAAAAAUCCCUUUUGUACAUUCUCAUCGAAUACUGAUUUCAUUUCAAUAAAACAAAAGAAAUCCCACAUUCUACUUCA